AUGCAGCCUUUACUUAAUACAAAAGGGGAUAUUCAAAUUGAUCUAAAUCAGGUUAGAAUAGAUAUUUUACAUGGAAUAAAAGAAUGUAAUGAUCGUGGAUUAAUACAAACCGCUAAAUGGCUAUCGGAAUUAAAUUUCGCCUUAAAAGAUCACAAAAUUACUUCUGAUGUUCCGAAUAAAGCAGAAGACGACAUUGUGACAGAAGAAAAAGAGGCGUACACUCUUGCAAAAAGUUUAUUUGACUGCCAAGAAUUUGAUAGAGCAGCGUAUUUUUUAGAGAACUGCACUAGUCCUAAAUGCGUGUUUUUACUUCGAUAUUCACAAUACAUGUCAAGUGAGAAAAAACGCUUGGAUAAUGCCACUGAUACAGGAAAUGAAAAUUCGGAAUCCACUCAAGUAUUACUAGAUUUAUUAUCGUUUUUUAAGGCUAACCGAAAUAAUUUAGAUGGAUAUCUUUUAUAUUUAGAAGGGGUUGUAUUGAAAAAAUUAGAUUUAAGGAGUCAAGCAGUGACAGUGUUGCAAGCCUCGGUAGCGGCAACUCCAACCCUUUGGUCAGCAUGGGUGGAACUGGCCGGGCUAGCUAAUGAGUAUGAAGCAUUGGACUCAUUACAGUUACCAAAACAUUGGAUGAUGUAUUUCUUUGCUGCUCAUGCAUUUGUAGAAUUGAAAUUAUCUGAACAAGCUCUUGAAGCUUAUAUGGUGCUUGCUACAGCUGGGUUUGAUAAGAGCACUUACAUAACAGCACAAAUGGCUAUCGCACAUCAUGACAGAAGAGAUGUUGAUUCAUCUUUAGCUCUGUUUAGAGAUUUAUACCAAAGCGAUCCAUUUCGUUUGGACAACUGGGAUGUUUACUCACAUCUAUUAUAUUUAAAAGAGAAACGAAUGGAACUAGCUAACUUAGCACAGAAAGCAGUGUCGAUAGACAAGUACAGAGUUGAAACAUGCUGUGUUAUAGGUAACUAUUACAGUUUAAGAAGUGAACAUCAGAAAGCAGUGAUAUAUUUUCAAAGAGCAUUAUCAUUGGAUCCACAGUAUUUAUCUGCAUGGAUUCUUAUGGGCCAUGAAUUUAUUGAAUUGCAAAACUCCAACGCUGCAAUCCAGUGUUACAGACAAGCAAUCGAUGUAAAUAGAAAUGAUUAUAGAGCAUGGAAUGGUCUAGGUCAAGCCUAUGAGAUAUUAGGUCUCAAUGGCUAUUGUAUAUAUUAUUAUUCAAGAGCUGCACAACUCAAACCUGAUGAUUCGAGGAUGUUAGUCUCACUUGGAGAAGCUUAUGAGAAGAUGGAUAAAAUACCAAAUGCACUAAAAUGUUAUUAUAAAGCUCACAGCACUGGCGAUAUUGAAGGAAUGGCGUUAUUCAAAUUGGCAAAGUUAUAUGAGAAGUCGAAUAUGCCGAAUAGUGCAGCCGCUGCGUACACAGCUGCUUGCCAAGAGCCGGCCAACGCUGGUAGCAAGGAAUUACCGGCAGCUCAACGAUAUCUAGCGCAGUACUAUCUACGGUUUUCAUUAUUGGACCACGCAUCACAUUACGCGUACAAAUGUCUUGAACACGAAAGUACCAAAGAAGCCGGUAAAAACAUACUCAAGACAAUAUCAGAGAAACGUCUCGCAGCAUCAACUUCAUCUCAGCCGCCAUCUUUACCUGAAGACCUACCGGAAGCGAUCAAGAACAUUUCCGCUUCAUUAACCCAAGAUACACCAAAAACUCCAUUCCCAAGCCCCAACGUCACUCCAGACAACUUUUCAACGCCGAUGUUUACAAGAAAAAGUAGUAAAUACAAAAUGUGA